UUGUGUGGAAGGUGGUGGUGGCUCUGCGGAGGAGGAAGCCCUGGAUCUCUUAGAGAUGGAGGGUCAUGGUUAUGACCGCUUUGGAGAAGGUGAGAGAGACACUUACCAGAUUGACUACCGAAGGAUUGUUGGGGACACGGAGCCAGCCCGGCCGCGUAUCUCAAGCAGAGAAGCAGAGCAACCUCACCCCUAUGGGGCCUUUGCCCACCCGACGGCACACGGACACGGGCACGAGACUGCAGCUCAGCGGUACAGCGCCACGCGUAUCCAAGCUGGAUAUGAACCGGAGAGCAUGGCUGAUUAUUUGAUCAGUGGAGGCACAGGUUACGUUCCUGAGGAUGGACUCACAGCUCAACAACUUUUUGCCAUUGGUGAUGGACUCACGUACAAUGACUUCUUGAUCCUCCCCGGCUUCAUAGAUUUCACUUCUGAUGAGGUGGAUCUAACCUCUGCACUGACAAGAAAGAUUACCUUGAAGACGCCUCUGAUUUCAUCUCCGAUGGAUACAGUCACGGAGUCGUCUAUGGCCAUUGCCAUGGCACUGAUGGGUGGAAUUGGAAUAAUCCAUCAUAACUGUACAGCGGAGUUUCAGGCCAACGAGGUGCGCAAAGUAAAGAAAUUUGAACAGGGGUUUAUCACAGAUCCGGUGGUAAUGAGUCCCCACCACACAGUGGGAGAUGUGUUCGAGGCCAAGAUACGCCACGGUUUCUCUGGGAUCCCAGUUACUGAGACGGGCAAGAUGGGGAGCAAGCUGGUUGGCAUUGUUACCUCCAGAGAUAUAGAUUUUCUCUCUGAAAAGGACCAUGACAGACCCCUGGAAGAGGCAAUGACAAAAAGGGAAGAUCUUGUUGUCGCACCAGCAGGAGUCACACUAAAAGAGGCUAAUGAUAUAUUACAACGCAGUAAAAAAGGUAAAUUACCCAUCGUGAAUGACAGCGACGAGCUGGUUGCUAUUAUUGCUCGGACUGACUUAAAAAAGAACAGAGAUUAUCCACUGGCUUCUAAGGACUCUCGCAAACAACUGCUGUGUGGAGCGGCGAUCGGCACCAGAGAGGACGACAAAUACAGAUUAGACCUCCUCAUGCAGGCCGGGGUCGACGUGGUGGUCCUGGACUCCUCCCAGGGAAACUCAGUUUACCAGAUCAACAUGAUCAACUACAUCAAACAGAAAUAUCCAGAACUGCAGGUAGUUGGAGGAAAUGUGGUCACAGCCGCUCAGGCCAAAAACCUCAUAGAUGCUGGUGUGGAUGCUCUGAGGGUGGGAAUGGGCUGUGGAUCUAUUUGCAUCACUCAGGAAGUGAUGGCGUGCGGACGGCCUCAAGGUACGUCCGUUUACAAGGUUGCAGAGUACGCCAGGCGCUUUGGAGUGCCUGUCAUAGCAGACGGAGGCAUUCAGACUGUCGGCCAUGUGGUGAAAGCUCUCGCUCUUGGAGCCUCCACAGUGAUGAUGGGCUCAUUGCUCGCGGCGACCACUGAGGCUCCGGGGGAGUAUUUUUUCUCAGAUGGCGUGCGUUUGAAAAAAUACAGAGGAAUGGGCUCACUGGAUGCGAUGGAGAAAAACAACAGCCAGAAGCGCUACUUCAGUGAGGGAGACAAGGUGAAGGUGGCUCAAGGAGUCUCAGGAUCGGUCCAGGAUAAAGGCUCCAUCCAUAAGUUUGUCCCUUAUCUGAUUGCUGGAAUCCAACAUGGCUGUCAGGAUAUAGGAGCUAAGAGUUUGUCCAUUUUAAGGUCGAUGAUGUACUCUGGAGAGUUGAAGUUUGAGAAGAGAACCAUGUCUGCCCAGAUGGAGGGAGGAGUCCACGGCCUCCACUCAUAUUCUUUUGUGCCAUUUACGAGAAGCGGCUUUACUGAGGCAGGAGGAAGAGGAAACCCAAGAGCGGGACCGAACGUCCCCGCCCCGGCCACUCUGAGCAGAUGUGCUGGACGGACGUGAUCAAGCC